AACUUUGCUCGAACAGAAUACCAAGUAAUACGUAAUCACGUGAACACAAAGCCGAAAUGAUCCUCGAGAGUACGUAAAACAAUUGAGACACGUAAACUAAACGCAAAUUGGCAUUAAUUUUAGUAACUCGAUACGUAAUUUUUCCUUUCAGUAUUUCAACAGAAGGAUUUUAUGGUUCAAAUUCUAAUUACACUGCAACAAAACUAGUUUUUUUCGCAUUGUAUAAGCGAUCGGUCACUGAAACUUCCAGCGUUUUGGCUCUAUUACACACAAUUAAGAACCGGUUUACAUCAUCACAGAUCAAGAAAAAUUUCUGAUAUAUCGAAUUAAUGACGUCGAAUAAACGCAAAUUCCAUCGACCGAACAUCCCUUAAGCAUAAACAAUUUCAUUAACGCGUUAUCAAUAGACACGUGAUCAAAAAAAAAAUUCAAAUGACGCCAUUUUUAUAAUGGUCAUCGCUACGUGACGUAGAGUUACUCUGAACAGAUUACGUAAAUAAGUUGAAAGUUCAUACGAUUAUUAAAGGGUCAGAAUGUACAUAAAGGAGAGUUGCAGCAGCAGCAGCAUCGAAGUUAACCUAAAAACACUGGACACCUUCCUGAAUGAAAACCGAGAGGAAAUUAACCUACAGGAACUUUCUUUAGCGGAAUUUAUCGAAUGUUACAGGAAGUCGGAGUUAAUGGAGUCAUUUUUAAACGUUGGCAACUAAAAAAAAUGGCAGUUCGACUUGUUUUCUAGCUGCUAAAAUUGUCACUUAAUGUAUCUGACGUGCAGAGAAAGUAUUCGGGAUUGAAUAUAUGAUACCUCACCUAUAUACAAUUGUAUAUAAACCAGCAUUGAAAGCUAUACACUUGUAUGUUCGAUGUACAGUACACUAUACACGUCAAACAAAAAAAUAAAGACUUCCUACAGAACGUCAUCGGGUACCGGUUACGUCAUAUUCAACUGGUUGGUUGUUGCAGCUGCAUCCAGACUCUCCAACUUUGCAAGCCACAGGGGUCAAAGAGAAAUUUAAAGAUGCCUCUAACAUUCUUUCAAGAUUUAAAAAAUAAACAGUUGUUACCAAUCAAACUGUUGCUAUUUCUUCAGGCUGCAGGUGACAUGGCUCUAUAUCCUUUUAUAACUUUACACAUGAAGUAUCUCGGGAUAAGUGUUACCGAUAUUGGCAUUCAGUUCGCCGUCUCUCCGGUUGCCACGCUGAUUGCGACUCCUCUUGUUGGUCUUCUAGCUGACAAGAUAGGAAACUUUAAAAUAAUGUUGAGCAUUUCGCUAAUUCUGUGCGCUGUAGUCUCUCAGCUUUUCAUGCUGGUGCCAGCAGUCGAGACUAUAACUUUACCCAGCAAAGAAAUUUUCUUGGCCUGCAAUUUUACCGAAUAUGAAAGACCUCUGUUAUCAGUGGAUCACCUGGACGACGAAGAGACAUUUGUCGGAUGCAAAAUGUCUUGCAGACACCAUAAUUCGACGAGUUUCAACUUAUGCUUUGUCAGUUCUACUAGGAAAGUUUGUAUUUCUGAUGCCAAUUUUGAUUUUGGUAUUUCUAACCGGAGUGUGGAUAGAGAAUUCUUUUUUAACAACAACACUUAUAACAUGAUUACAUGUUCAGUUAACAGUAAUUGGACUUUGUGUGGUGUGGAAUGUUUACAAAUUAGAAACAAUACCAUAGUGGACACUAAAUCAAAGGCAAUUACCUUUUGGUCCUAUCUGUUAAUAAGAGUGGGAUUAUUUGUGAUUAUAGCUACAGAAAUGAGUUUAUUAAAAGCAGCUAUUUUGACUAUUUUAGAUAAAGUUGAUUCGGAUUACGGUUUUCAACGUCUCUGGGCAUCUGUUGCAGUCUGUGUAGUUCCACCCAUAACUGGGAUAAUUAUGGAUCAACUGCAAAAAGGUGACGUACAAGUCUAUGCACCGUGCUUCUAUAUAUAUGGCGGAAUGAAAGUUUUAAUGGCAAUUAUAGCGUUAAUUGUCAGUUUGGACGUCAAGCCUCCUACUUUACACGUGUGGAAAAACUUGGGUAAACUAUUAAAGAAUGUAGAAGUCGACACACUCCUCUUUUAUUGUACUUUUAUAGGAAGCUGUUGGGGUUUUCUGGAGACUUUCUUCCUCUGGUUCAUGGAAGGUUUGGGUGCCAGUAAGUCCUUAAUGGGGCUGACUUUUACAGUGGGUGCAGUCUCUGGCAUACCCGUAACACUUAUCGCCGGAGCACUGGCUAGAAAAUUGGGUCACGUGCCAUUAAUAGUGUUCGGACUGAUAGUGUAUUGUGGGAGGUUUAUCGGAUAUUCAUUCAUAGAAACACCUUACGAAGCAUUAGGACUCGAAGCCCUGGAGUGUAUAACUAUGGGACUUAUGAUGAUAACUUUAACGACUUAUGCCAAUCUGCUGGCUGGAAAUGAAUUAGUUGCAACUAUGCAGGCAACGUGGGCUUCAUUACAUUUUUCUGUUGGUCGAGCAUUAGGAAGUGUAAUAGGAGGAUUUUUAAUGGAACAAUUUGGAACAAGAAAAACAUAUCAAAUAUUUGCUGCGUCGUGUGCAACUAUGGGUGCAUUGUACCUUUUAAUUUAUAAAAUAUGGUUUGCAAAGAAUCAUCAAAAAGAUAAACCCAAAGAGGAGACAGAACACGAGAANUAUAUAUAUAUAAAGGGUGGUAACCAUUAA